AUGGCGUCACUUGUCUACUUUGGUUCAAUGAACUCUGAGCUCGGUCGUUCUAAUGCCUUUCGCCGGCGCAGCCACCGCGAGCAGACUGUCGAAGAAAUUGAAGACGAAAUGGAUGCCGCUAUUGAACGCCUUAGAGCUGGACUCACCGAGAUGCGACAUCAAGACGACAGCUUUAGCACAAGGUUAGUGCGAAUGAGAAAAGACAUCGAAGAAGUCAGUACCGCCUGUUGGCAGCAGAAGGUCCAGAAGACGUGCCCUAUCGAGAAGCCAGAAGACUGUAAUUCCUGCCCUAUCAGUGAAGAAGCCAACAGCUACAAUACCGCAAACGUUGCGCCUGAAAAAUUCAUUCCACUACCAUCAUCAUUUUCAGCAGGAGCCCUCAAACUGAGACGAAAUCAAAGCCCUCUUUUACGACUAGAACUUGACAAUCAACUGCAUCCACUGAAUGCUACAGCACAAAGACAAGGUAGUGAAUCACCGCGUCUGCAAAGCAGUCUUUCUCCGCCAUCUCCAGCCAAGCUCUCUCAAAAGAGAUCCUCCGUAGGCAGUGUUCUAUUCAAGAUGCCCAUCAACAAGCAGACUAGUGUUCGAUCACUGCCUUGCGGUCAAGUACCAAAAAGUCCGAAUAUCUCAGUACACGUUACAGGCAGCACUCUUGACCGUAAAUCAGAAGAACCCGCUUCCCGACGGGGAAGUCUAAGUUCAUGGCUUCUGAAGAAAUUGCAGCACAAUUAG